AUGCUCUUCACUCCUCAAAUCCGCACCAUCUCACGACCUUUGAUCCGACAGAUACCCAUCUUCAAACAAACUUCCACCAGAAUGUCUUCUACCAACCAGCACGGCCAGGGCGCUUCCCACGCCACCGGACAGAGCGCUGUUCCCGGCAAGAUCCAAGAGGCUGCCCCAAAGGGCCUUGAGGAGUCCCUCCCCGAGAGCGUUCACCCCACUGGCAGCAACCCAAACAGCCAGUCCACAAGCAAGACCCACGCUCUCAACGACGGCGAAGACUCCAUCGUUCCCAAGAAGAUUCAGGAAAUCGUUCCCGAGUCUGUCGAGAAGGCCCUCCCCAACGCCAUCCACAACACUGGCAACAAGUAG